CCUCGCCCGGGCCGGCGCCAUGGCCGGGGGCGCCGGGCCUGCCGCUCCCUGACAGCCGCCCGCCCGCGGAGCCACGGCGGGGCGGGCUCGGGGGCUGGGUACGGCGCUGGCCGCGGCCCGGCAGUGUUCCGGCUUUGAUUCCGCCUUGCUCCUACCUGUUCCUGGAGAAGAGGUACCCGCCAUGUCUCGCUACAGCCUGCACAACCUCCUGGACUGGAUGUACGGCGGGGUGGACCCCAGCUUUGCCGGCAAUGGGGGGCCGGAAUGCGCCGCCUUUCUCUCCGGCCGGCAGCGCUUGCUGGAGAGUUUGGUCUUCCUCAGCGUGGGCACCGUGGAGAUCCUCGUGUCCCUGUGGAAGCUCCGGCAGCAGCAUGUCCAGGAGCUGGAGAAUCUGCUGCAGCAGCCCCAGACUAAGCAGGAGAGCCUGGGCAAGAACGCGCUGCUGGUGCUGCUCUGCCUCAUCUUCGGGCUGGAGGUGGGGUUCAAGUUCGCCACCAGGACUGUCAUUUACCUCCUGAAUCCCUGCCACGUGGUCACCGUGAUGCAGAUAUUUCUUCUUGCCUGUCCUCCAUGUCGGACUGCAAUGAUUCUCUUCAGGUUGCAGAUGCAUAUGCUGAACGGGGCCCUGUUAGCAUUGCUGUUUCCUGUUGUUAAUACACGACUGCUUCCAUUUGAAAUGGAGAUUUAUUACAUCCAGCAUGUGAUGCUUUAUGUUGUGCCCAUCUAUCUGCUGCACAAAGGAGGUAUCUACACCCCUGAACCGCUCUGCAAUUUCUGGUGGGCUCUUUUAUCCACGGGGUUUAUGUUUGUGUAUCAUUUUAGCAUCUUGCAGAUCCUGGGAUUGGUUACAGAAGUGAAUUUGAACAACAUGUUGUGCCCAGCCAUCUCAGAUCCUUUUUAUGGGCCCUGGUACCGAAUCUGGGCAUCUGGACAUCAGACUGUCAUGACCAUGACUCAUGGGAAACUCAUAAUCCUGCUGUUUCACAGUGCUGUCCCCACCUUCAAAUGGAGCAUGGACUUGCUUAGACUCCCAGCUAAGAAAAUAGACUGAAAUUUCUCCCCACAGAUUAGUUCAUACAGGAAGCAGAGAUAUACUGGAAAACAAAGCUGGGGGACGAGAGGACAACUGUUCUUCCCACAGUUUUUUGCCUCAAAAACACCUCUGUAAUGAAGUGAGGGUUUUUUUACCUGCUGAUUCUCACUGCCUAUUGCCAAUGGCAAAAUUAGUGGCCUUAUUCUGGGGAAGGUUCAUGUUUUAUACAUUUUGUAUAGAUUACAGUAGAAUCUUGCUAAGCCACCAUUUAAAAUUAGGCCAGGACCUGUCCACAUUCCAGCAAAGAGUGGCAGUGCUACCUCAUUUUGAUUCAUUUUCCAUUAAAGAAUUGUACACUUCUAGGAUAGGGAAUAAUGCUGAAUUGUAGCACUCCACUGAUGUGAACCAAUAUGCUGAAUUGCAGCACCUGGCUUAACUAUUAAGGCUUGAAUGUUCAAAAUAGUCACAGGAAAUCAUGCACACUUAAUCUUCCAAUCAGAAGAGCAAAGCAGUGAGGUUCUACUGUAUUUUCUUUAAGCUGGUUGAAAAUAUUGGGGAACAAUAACUCAUUAAAAAAAAUUAAUCAACUACUUGAUUUCUAAGCUGCAGUGGAUAAGUACCUAUCUAGUGAAGUCCCAUCACAAUGCUUUGGAGAUGCUUUUAUUUUGGCAAGGGGAAAAAAAAGAAUGUUGAAAUAAUUUCUAAAAACCAUGUUAUGUAUAGGCCAUGAUAAGAUAUUGCAUCCACUGUUUGGUCCUGACUUUGAACAAAAUGGUUUUUUUCACUUACCUUAUACUAGAGAACGAGUGGAGAUACAAAGCCCAAUGUAAACAUCAGGGAUUUUGGUUUUUUUUAUACUUUGUAGGUUUUGAAACAUUCCUGCUUCCCUCACUGACCAGACUGGUUGAAGAAACCAAGUGAAAUUCUUCUCUCCCUACAGCUCUGCUGUAUCAUGUGUAUGGAUUUUAAAAUGCAGGUAUAAAAAGGAAUGUCAAAUCAGUGCAAGCCUCUACUGCAAAGGGCAUGUCCCAGCUUGGUAGCAUGACCCAUCAACAUGUCUUUUAGAGAACAGAAUGGAGAUGGGCAGAAUGAUCAACUGUGUGUGCCUGCUCAAAUUUUACAGGAGAAACCAUUGGGCAGAAAGAUAGAAAAUCCUGACUGUGUUCUUCCAGAACUGUGAGUCCAUUAUGCAGACUGUUGUUUCAGGGCUGCAGGCUUUUCUUGUACAGAAGUUUGGGGGAAUUUAUAGAUUCAUUGUGUUGUCAAAGCUGUGACUUGCAAGAUAAACCAAAACUAUCAUACCUCCUCCAGCUGGAUCACCUGAAAGUAUGAAGUUAAGGUACAAAUGCUCAGGAAGCAAAAGCAAAUUGACUUUUUUUUUCCCCUUAAAAUUUUUUUCUCUGGUGAGGGAACAAGUGGUACUUAAAAUAUUUUUAUUCCAUAUGAUUAAAAAAAAGUACACCUCAAUCAGAAAUACUGUGUCCCCUAUCCUGAUUUACAAACUGGUUUCUGACAUUCUUCCAUGCCUUGCUGUAUGUGUGUGUAUAUAUAAAAAAAUAUACUGUAUGCUCACAACUUAAGAACAUGCAGCAUGUACCUAAACUAUCCCUCAGGCAUAUACAGCUGGUGUUAGUAUUACAAUAGAAGGACUUUAGACAAAUUUUGCAAAUACUAUUUAGCAUUGUUAUUUGCUUAAUUUAUGGUUUCUGUUUUGGUUUUUCUUUUUUUUAAUUGUUUUUUUUUAGCAACUUCCCUUAUUUUCCCCUGUCAGGAUAUUGUAGUUACUGGAAGCAUUUCUCUAAGUAGGAGCCUUUUUUCCUUUUUUAAAAGAUAGCAUUUCCUAUCUGUAAUCAUCUGCUUCAGGGCAUUCCAAAUAAGUAUAAAGCAGCUGCUGUUUGCCACCAUUGACUGCCUCUGGUCAAUUAAAACUGCAGGAGCAUUUAAAUGAGCUCAGGUGUCUCACUCAGUGCAGGCUCUUUGCUUGGAAAGCAGAAUUUGCAAAAUCUUCUGGCUGACUUAAAAUUCAGUAGCAGGAAUGUGAACAGAGCUGCCAGGGCCAUCCCUGGGCAGUGGAAAGGGAUUCCUGGUGCAGAGCUGCUGGGAGUGGGUGCCCCUGCCCUCCCUCCAUGGUGGUCACUGGCCCACCAAUGCUUUUCCCUCUUAGGCUGCUCCAGUCAUUUCCAGUCCCACAGAAAUUCGAGGUGUGAUUUCAACACAUGGAGUUUGCUGAUGGAGCUGCUCAUCAGAGCCAGUGGGGCACUUGUACUGCCCUUCUAAACCUUGCGUGGGCACGUUCUGGAGCUUGUUGAAUCUUUCAUACCAAUUUAAGCUGCAAAAAUGUCUCGCUGAACAAGGCAAAAAGGUAGAGAGGUAACCAAUGACUGCCCUCAGUAAGGAUUUUAGAGUACUGGAGCUGCAGUGAAGGAAACAAAUGGUGCAGCUGGAGUCAGGUGGGAAGGCAGGAAGUGCAGCCUUCACCUUUUGAACAUAAGCUGUUGCUUCUUUGUUGUUGUGCAGUAUCAGUGAGGCUGGUUGAGUUAGAACAGAAUAAUUUAAGUUGAAAACCUGUGAGUUCAUCAAACCAAGCAUUAACCCAGCACUGCUGAGCCCACUACUAACCCUUAUCCCCAGGUGCCACACCUACACAUCUUUUUUAGAUGUGUAGGUGUGGCACCAGGGCUGUUGAGUCCAUCACUUCCCUGGGCAGCCUGUUCAAGGCUUGAUAACACUUCUGGUGAAGAAAUUUUUCCUAAUGUCCAAUUUAGACUUUCCCUGGUGCCACUUGAGGCUGUUUGCUCUUACCAUGUUGCUUAUUUCCUGGAAGAAAAGGCUGACCCCCAUCCUCCCUUCAGGCAGCUGCAGAGUGACAAGGUCCAGCCUGAGCCUCCUUUUCCCCAGGCUAAACACCCUCAGCCAUUCCUCAGAUGUGUGCUCCAGACCCUUGCCCAGCUCUGAUGCUUUGCUUUGGAUGUGCUCCAGAGCCUCAGUGACUUUCCUGUAAUGACAGGCCCAAGACUGAAAAUUACUUCCUUCUUCCCCAUGUCCUUCUUUGAAGGUUUUUAGAACUUCAUAUUGAUCUGUGGUGACCCACCAAUCAAAACUGCACCAGUAUAGCUGAGACAGGUUCCACAGAAGUGGAAGGACAGGUCAGAAUGGGAGCAAAAAAGGAAAAAAAACUUCUGAGGCAAUUGUCAUGGAACUUCACAUCCUUCAUUCCUCACCUGUCUCUGGUAUCUGCUGGAAAUAUGCAUUAGGCAGAGCUUGCCAUAUGUACAGGAAAUGGGAAAGCAGAGUACUUCAUCUCUAUAGCAGUCAUGUGUUGUUUUCCCUGGCAGAGGCCGAUUUUUCUUUUCCUUGAAUGGUUUAUUUUAUAGGAAGUUACACUAUACAGAUUUCUUUGGUUGCUUUAUGUUUAUGCUGGAAAUGAAAGCACAAAACUCUCCUGCUGUUCUUGGGAGACAACUGCAUUGUCUCCUGGGGUGUUACACACUCAAUCCAUGUCAAGAUAACUUGAAGCUGUUGCCCAGUACCUGGUGAUGAGAUUUUACAGUGCUGCAGUGCAGUGCACAAAUGAAAGGGCUGUCCUGGGCCUCCUGGUCAAACGUGCCCAAAUGUGUCAUGGCACUGGGAAUUUCAGCAGCAGUGGCAGUGGGGCAGAGCAGGAGUGGGGCUGCACAGCCAGACAACUGUUCCCAGCUGAAGCAGAGUGUAAAAUCUUGCCCCAGAGUGGCUUCAUUGGGGCCACAAUACCCCAAAAAAUUAUUGUGCAGUGCCGCUGCCUAGCCUUCAGAGAUGCUGGUAUGGGUUAAGGGGUCUGAACAGAGCCCUCCAAGUGUUGGUAUUGUAGGCAUUUCAAAAGAAACAAGGAGUUAAACAAACCCGUAAUUCCAGCUGCCACUGGCUGCAUUUCCCUCCAAGUGUACCCACGAAUGAAGCACUAUUGGCUAUAAUAAACCUCUUCACUGAUGGGUUUGUUUAUGCAGCCUUGGAGUAAGUAGCCCUCCAAACCAGAGGUAAGCCAGUAACAUUUCUACCCCCACCACCUCAUGCCAUGGCUUCAGCUGAACAGGAUCCCUGCAGAGCUCUUUUUUCCAGGGAUUCAGACACUGUGCAGUGUCUGGGCUGGAUCUAUUUGUUUAACUUCCUCUUCUAAGCACCAAGGGAGAAUUUGCAUAGUUUCUUUUGAAAGGUAUAAACAAAUAGCUCUUGUCCAUGUGUUUAUAAAUUGAUGAAAAACCAGUCUAUGAACACGCACCUGGAGCUGGUUUUGGUUCAGCUUCUUAGUUCAAAGAUGCUGCCCAUAUGCAAAACUUAGUGUGCUUGAGCAGCUGCUGCCUUGGUGAGCCUGGGAAACAGGAAAAGUCAGUCCAUUUGCAAUCCAGUCAAACCUUGAGGUCAGAGAGGACCUAAAAGUAGGUUUGUGUUUCUGGCCACAGAGUUUUGAUAUUUAUGUAUAUUUGAGAUAAUUUUAUAAACUUCAAUGGUAUUUUUCAGAAAUGGCUAUUUGCAACUGUUAACUGACUGUACUUUUAUGUCCUAAGUCUUGCAUCUAAACCAGAAGCCUUUGUUUUCUAUGCUCUAUAGCUAGUGAAAAAGAUGAGUUGUGGUGUUUUCUUCAGUGUCGCAAUUGUUUCACUCUAGGUGGAUCCAUAGGAAUUAAAUUCAUUUUUAUAAUUAACAAAGCUCUGAAAAAACCAAAACCCAGGAAGAGGGUGUAUGUCAGCCCUGGUGGGAGGUUUCUGCAGGCAGACAGGUUAGCUUUGGUGUUUUCAGUUCUACAGUGACAGGACUCCUAACAAAAACUCUAUUGAUUUUUGUGACCUUGUACUUCAAGUGAUAUUGCCGUAAAUCUCUCUUGCAGCUGUUGGUGUAACUUAGUCAAAGCCAAGCUGUUUUAUAAAUAAUUUUAUUUUUCUUCAGGGUCAGUUUUGUACUUUUAAAAACUAUUUCUGCAUUUCCUGAGUCAUUAUCCCAAUGCUGCAGAGGACACAGCAGGCAAAGCAGUGAGCACACCCCACUCUCCCAGACCAUCCUGUGCCAGGGGCUGGGCUGGAGCACCAGGGGCUGCAGGAACCUCAGGUGCAGGGUCCUUACCCCACACUCUAUUCCCAGCAUUAUCCAGGCACAGAAUGGGUUGGAAAGGGCAAGGAUGGAUGUGGAUGGGCUCAACUGCCACAUAUGCUGUUAGUUCUGACUAAUUUGUAAGAGUGUUAAAAAUUUUGUAAACUUUAUAAUGUGCUAAACUUUGGUUAUGAGGUAACAUUUACAAAUAAGGGGUAAUUUGUGUACUUGUUUUUGUAUUUUGCUCUGGUGGGCUUUUUUGUUGUUGUGCCCCAAGUCCAGAUCAUUGGGCAAAUAAUUGUUAAACCUUGGAAUUAAAUAAAUGCAUUUUACUGGA